AUCCGAUUCGACCCGUUCGGGUCUUCUUCAUUCUUUCCAAGGAACAAGAAAAAGUUCACCCCUUUUCUCUCUUCGAUUAUUUCCGUUCCCUCCGUCUCGGCUUCUUUCCCAGCGGUAGCGAUCGACGGCGAUGACGGCGGCGAAGUGUUGGUGCGUGGACGGAUUGUCAACUGGUUAGCUUCUGUCUCUCACGCUCUCCCUUCUUGCAAAAGUUCACAACUUGUGUUUCGAGCGAUUCGGAGUUCUUAGUACUGUCGGUGAUGUUCACAGGCUGCUGUGGCCUUUGGUUAUUUUUGGGUUUAAGCUAAUGUAGCUGAAUUUGCUGAUGAAGUUGACUGUUGCAUUUCUUCUUUUGGGGAAUUUGAAUGAGUAAUCAUACAGCUGGAAUUUCUGGUUAGAGCGAGGAUAAAGCUUGAAAUUGGUAGAGCGGGAGAUUUCAGAAGCACCACUUCAAAUUCUCAGAGUACUGGAGAUUAGAUGACACGCGCCACCCCAUGGCGCGGGUGAGAAGCAAUGAUAGUCUGUUAGGGAACGAGGAGGGGCCUUUGGGAACCCUAGGAAUAAAAACUUGAAGAGCAGUGUUCACCCACUCGCCAGGUCCCUCGCGUGAGAUUUCCAGAUUCUGAUCAACUUGAGAAGGAUACCUUCUUUCAUGCAGUCAGAGAUACUGUAGAAAAUCCCAGGCUUUUCUCACCAUGGACAUAGAUCUUAGGUUACCUUCUGGUGAUCACGAUAAGGAUGAAGAACAAAAUACAAUUGCUGGCUUAUUGGAACACGAAGAAAAAUUGCAUAAUGGAGAUCUAGAAGGCCAGAAUAUUGUUGGUGCUAGUGUUGAUGUAGAUGCUGGAGAUUUGAAUUCAUCCACAGUGGAUUUUGCAUUAUUUAAGGAAGAUACAAAUCUUGAGCCCCUUUCUGGCAUGGAAUUUGAGUCUCAUGGGGAAGCUUAUUCUUUCUACCAAGAAUAUGCAAGGUCAAUGGGAUUUAAUACAGCAAUACAAAAUAGUCGCCGAUCAAAAACAUCAAGAGAAUUUAUAGAUGCAAAAUUUGCUUGUUCCAGGUAUGGAACAAAAAGAGAGCAUGACAAAUCAUUCAAUCGACCACGUGCCAGACAGAACAACCAAGAUACUGAAAAUUCAACUGGUCGAAGAUCUUGUUCAAAGACUGAUUGUAAAGCAAGCAUGCAUGUAAAAAGAAGGCCUGAUGGAAAAUGGGUAAUACAUAGUUUUGUGAAGGAGCAUAAUCACGAGCUUUUACCAGCUCAAGCUGUCAGUGAGCAAACAAGAAAAAUGUAUGCUGCAAUGGCUAGACAGUUUGCUGAAUACAAAACUGUGGUUGGUCUGAAGAGCGAGAGAAAUCCAUUUGACAAAGGUCGUAAUUUGGGCCUGGAGUCAGGGGAUGCCAAACUUCUACUUGAUUUUUUGGUGCAGAUGCAUAGUAUGAAUUCAAACUUCUUCUAUGCAGUAGACAUUGGUGAGGAUCAACGACUGAAAAAUCUUUUAUGGGUUGAUGCUAAAAGUAGGCAUGACUAUAUGAACUUUUGUGAUGUAGUUUCUUUUGACACCAUCUAUAUUAGAAACAAAUAUAAGUUGCCUCUUGCACUUUUUGUUGGAGUAAACCAGCACUAUCAAUUUAUACUGCUUGGGUGUGCCUUAAUAUCAGAUGAAAGUGCUGCUACUUAUUCUUGGCUAAUGCAGACGUGGUUAAAAGCAGUUGGUGGCCAGGCUCCAAAAGUGAUAAUCAUUGCCCAUGACAAGACAUUGAAGUCAGUUAUUUUGGAUGUCUUUCCUAAUUCUCACCACUCUGUGUGCUUAUGGCAUGUAUUAGGGAAGGUAUCUGAAAAUUUGGCUCAUGUAAUUAAGCGACAUGAGAAUUUUAUGGCAAAAUUUGAGAAAUGCAUCUAUAGGUCGUGGACAACUGAUGAGUUUGAGAAGAGGUGGUCGAAAAUUGUUGAUAGGUUUGAACUCCGAGAGGAUGAAUGCAUGCAGUCAUUGUAUGAAGAUCGCAAAUUAUGGGUGCCAACAUUCAUGAGGGAUAUUUUCUUGGGUGGUUUGUCUACUGUCCAGCGAUCAGAAAGUGUGAAUUCCUUCUUUGAUAAAUAUGUUCAUAAAAAGACCUCUGCUCAAGAUUUUGUCAAACAGUACGAAGCAAUCUUGCAAGACAGGUAUGAAGAGGAAGCAAAAGCUGAUUCCGAGAUUUUGAAUAAAGUGGCAACAUUAAAAACUCCUUCGCCAUUAGAGAAGAGUGUUGCAGGGAGUUACACACACGCAGUGUUCAAGAAGAUUCAAGUUGAGGUUAUUGGUGCAGUUGCUUGUCAUCCUAAAACUGAAAGGCAGGAUGAUACAGGCAUUACUUACAAGGUUCAUGAUAUGGAAAAGAAUCAAGACUUCAUUGUUGUGUGGAAUGAAAUUAAAUCUGAAGUGUCAUGCAUAUGUCGGUUAUUUGAAUAUAGAGGUUUUCUUUGUCGACAUGCAUUGAUUGUUCUUCAAUAUUCUGGCUUUUCGGUAAUCCCAUCCCGAUAUAUCUUAAAACGGUGGACAAGAGAUGCAAAAGCUGGACAAACAACGGGAGAACAAUCUGAACAUAUGCCAACCAGGGUGCAACGGUACAAUGAUUUAUGUCAACAAGCAAUAAAGUUGAGUGAAGAGGCGUCUCUAUCUCAAGACAGUUAUGGUAUUGCAUUCCUUGCAUUGCGUGAAGCAUACAAAAAUUGUGUGAGUGUUAACAAUUCUAGCAAGAGUCCUACAGAAGUUGUCAUAUCAGCUAGUCAAAGUCAGCUCUCCACUGAAGAAGAUACCCAAAGUAAAUCCAUGGGCAAGGCAAACAAAAAGAAGAAUCCAACUAAAAAGAAAAAGCUGCACUCUGAGGCUGAAGUGAUGACCGUUGGGGCACAAGAUAACCUGCAACAUAUGGACAAAUUCAGCAGCACAAGGGCGGUAACGCUUGAUGGUUACUAUGGCUCUCAACAGAGUGUUCAGGGGAUGUUGAACUUGAUGGGGCCAACUCGUGAUAAUUAUUAUGGAAAUCAACAGACAAUUCAGGGGCUGGGACAAUUAAGUACCAUACCAACGAGCCACGAUGGUUACUAUGGUUCACAUCAAAGCAUGCCUGGUCUGGUAAGGCACAGCUGGAUUUUUUCCGAGCAUCGACAAAUUUCGCUUACAGCAUUCGGGAUGAUCCAAAUGUAAGACCUACACAAUUGCAUGAGGAUCCAUCAAGACAUGCAUGAGCAUAUGUAAUUGUAAUGUUAUAUAGGAUACCUGUGGUUUAUCAUAUAGAUCUUGUUAAUAAAUGGUAAAAGGGUUAUCUUAUUUUAGUGUUAAAGAUCUUGUUGUAGAGGUGGUUGGUUGUACUGUAGUUAUGAUUCUUUAAUCUAAAUGUUAAAAAUUUGUAAUCUGCAAUGAUAAAUUUAAAAUGUUCUUCAUCUUC